UUUUUCAUUCGUUGGGGCUUCAUUGUUUCAAUGUAUAGAUCAAUUUCUGUAGGCAUUAAAACCGAGUCCAUUUUUGAAAACUGACUUUCAAAAUUAUUUUAUGAAGUUUGUUUGAUCGAUAUUUUCAAAAAAUUCGCGCACGCCUCUGCGUUUGUUUGUAUUCCAGUAACCAAGAUGACGAUGUAAACAAAUUACGUUUAGGCGUUUGUAAUGACAUGCCAAAUUAUUAUUUAUUAUUUUGUUAUUAAAAAACAAAGAAAUUAGAAAAAAUGAAUAACUUUAAAUUGUUGGGUCGUGCCGGUGAAGGAGCGCAUGGUUUUGUCUACAAAGCGUUAGAUCUCAGGACCAAUAAGAUUGUGGCUAUAAAAAAAAUCGGUAUAAAUCCGGAUACCGGUAUACCGAAAAAUACCAUGAGAGAAAUUUGCGCUCUUAAAGCAUUGAAAUCAGAACAUAUUGUAAAAUUAUUUGAAGUAACUGCGAUGGGCUGUGCAGUGGUACUGGUAAUGGAAUUUUUACCGUGUAAUUUAGGGGAUUUACUCAAAAGCGACCUAAAACUAGAAUUAACUCAAAUAAAAUCUUACAUGAAAAUGAUGCUAAGUGGAAUUGACUAUAUGCAUUCGCACAAAAUUAUGCAUAGGGAUAUUAAACCUUACAACCUUUUAAUAAGCGACCAAGGAGCGUUAAAAAUAGCGGAUUUUGGCUUAGCCAGAAUUUAUAUUAAAGGUCCAAAAAGACAGUACUCACAUCAAGUAGCGACGCGAUGGUACAGGUCCCCGGAAUUGCUUUAUGGAUCUAGAACAUACACUCCUUCAGUGGAUAUGUGGUCUGUUGGUUGUAUAUUGGGCGAAAUGAUCAACAAACAACCAAUAUUUCCGGGUGAAACUGAUAUAGAACAAUUAGCUAUUGUCCUUGGAACGUUGGGUACGCCAAAUGAAGAGAUUUGGCCGGGUUUAAACAAUCUUCCAGAUUACAAUAAAAUAUCAUUUUCUACAAGCGAAGGGAAAUCCUGGACUUCUGUUAUUCCAGAUGCUGAUGAAGUUACAUUGGAUCUCAUUAUAAAUUUAUUGGUAUAUGAUGGAAAUAAACGACUUACAGCAAGUGAGGCGCUUGACCAUACAUUUUUUAAAAAAGAUCCUCCACCCUGCGCCCUUGACAAAAUGCCUCAAGCCAAGGACAUAAAGGAUUCCCAGGUGUGGAAUUUUGAUGGAUUUGAUGAUAUAAACAUAAAAUAAAUAAAAUGUCUGUAUUGGGUUUAUAUUGAUCUGCA